AUGCCAUCCUACGCUAAGUUCCUUAAAGAGAUUCUUUCAAAGAAGAAAAGGUUGGAAUAUUGUGAGACUGUUGCUCUUACAGAGGAAUACAGUGCCAUAUUACAAAACAAACUUCCACUAAAGCUCAAGGAUUUAGGAAGCUUUUUCAUUCCUUGUCUUAUUGGCAACAUGAAAAUAGACAGGGCAUUCUACGAUCUAGAUCGGUCUGUUAAGUACCCGGUGGGCAUCCUAGAAAAUAUCCCAAUCAAGGUGGGAAAGUUCUUCAUCCCUGUUGAUUUUGUUGUCCUGAAAAUGGAAGAGGAUGUCCAAAUUCCUAUCAUCCUAGGAAGAUCUUUCUUGGCAACUGCUGGAGCUAUCAUAGAUGUUAAAAAUGGGCAAUUAACUCUUAAGGUAGGAGAUGAAGAAGUGGAAUUCAACCUGUUCAGAGUAGCAAAGCAUAAACUUGAACCUGAUGAAUGCUUAAGGAUUGACAUAACUGACAAGCUAGUUAAAGAGGAAUUGCACAAAACACAUCCUGAAGAUCCUCUUGAAGCAUGCAUAGUGGAAGAGCUAAAGGAGGAGCAACCCAAAAGCAAGUCACAGGAGGACACUAAACAGGAGCUGCCAUUUGAGAUGAUGUGCGAUGCAAGUGAUUAUGCACUUGGAGCGGUACUCGAACAAAGGAAGGAUAAAAAGCUCCAUGCCAUUUACUAUGCUAGCAAGACGCUUGACGAUGCACAAAUCAACUAUGCUGCCAUAGAAAAGGAAUUCCUAGCAGUGGUGGUAUUGCCACUAAACAUGUCCUAUCAGCAAAGGAAGAAAUUCCUGCAUGAUGUGCGAUUCUACACGUGGGAAGAACCUUUACUGUACAAGAAAUGCAAUGAUGGGCUAAUAAGAAGAUGCAUACCAAAGGAAGAAAUAGAGAGCAUUUUGCAGCACUGCCAUUCAUAA